GUGUGCGCAGUCCGGUACUCUCCGGCAAGUGUACGCCGUAAAUGGCGAAGCGGUGUUUACGUGUGCCGUGCCGAUGUAGAAGACGUUUCGCGGUGGGACCGUGUUGUCAAGGCAAUGCAAGAGAACCGCGCUUUGUUUAUCUUCGUCCGAGCCACACCGACUAAAUUCCUGAACAUUAAUUGUUACUGCGAUAAGAGCGUGAAAUUGUUCAACAGCGUGGUAUUCCCUUCUGCUAUGCGAUGACUACCAGUCGUUCACCGUGUCCGUGUUCAUUGCCUAACAUGGUAUACACAAGGCCCUUAAUCGAAAAUCGGCGCGCAGUUGGACCAGCGGACAUUAUUCGGCGCCUACUCGUGUAGUGGUGGCGUGCAUUGGGCGGCCUAUCGUGUGCCUUUAGCUAUGGUCAUCAGCGUGAAGGUAGUCAGGGAUUGAGACCUGUGUUGAUGAUCUAAGAAGCUGUGUCCUGUCAACUGCGCCUAGGAACCACGAGAAAAAUCGGCAAUGAGUGUGCUCACGGAAAAUUGCGUCCUGUCAAGAACGCGAGCUCAGGAUCUGAAGAGUGUUCGGAAACUAAACUGCUGGGGAAGCGAGUUGGAGGACGUCAGCAUCGUGCGAAAGAUGUCUCACGUCGAAGUCCUCUCAUUAAGCGUCAACAAUAUCAGCACACUAGCAGACUUCGCGCACUGCAAGAAUCUCCAGGAGCUCUACAUACGAAAGAACAACAUUCGAGACUUGAAUGAGGUUCUGUACUUAAAAGAUCUUCCGAAGCUUAAAAAUCUUUGGUUGGCCGACAACCCUUGUGCAGAAAGCGAGACCUACAGGAUGACGGUGUUGAGGCAUCUGCCAAGUUUGCAGAAACUGGACAAUCAAACUGUUCAGAGCCACGAAGUUGAGAGAGCCCAGGUACAAGGGGCUAUGCUUACUCUUCCUACCCUCGAUACUGCUGCUACCGAGGACAAGAUGCCACUGACAGCACCUAGCAGCAAUCACAACAACCGUCAGCAGUCUAGUGGCAGCCAGCCAUCAACCAGACUCAGCCCACCGCAGGCCCGGCAGAAUGGCUCCGAGGAUGGACACCACAAGUACAGCAGUGUUCCACGGCCAAGGGAGCUGGAAGUGGAAGUGCCGGCCACAGAAGCCAAUGUGCCAAACAGGGCAGCCGCCUUUAACCCUCCAGCAGCCAGCACUCCAUGUAAAGAUCCCCCUCGGCUUGCCGAAGCUGCCUGCUCUCCUGUGCUCCCCAACAUGCCUCAGGACAGCCACGCCUCGUGCCAAGGCAUGUCACCUGCCGAGCAGCAUGCAUUUCAUGCACGGGUCCAGACACUGAUGGAUCACUCAGGCCGAAGGUUGCGCAAGAGUGCAGAAAUCACCUGUGAUCCAAUGGCACUUUUUGAAGGUGAUGACCCUGUAGCUGCAAGACAGGCCAAUGCUCAACUAGGUGACACUCGACGGUUUUCAUCUGUGGAGUACCUGCACACGCACUCCCUGGAGUCGGAUGCACUGAUGUCCCCACCACCGGUUGACGGUAAUGCGCGAGGCGGUGCUGCUAUGUAUGCCGAAGUGCACAGGUCACACAAGGCUGAGAAAGGCUCUCCAACUCGCCUGCUGCCCAAGGGGGGCAAGAAUAGGAAUGCGAACAUACUUUCAGCCGUGCUGUGCCUCAUCAAAGAGCUCGACUAUGCCAGCCUGGAGGUUGUGGAGACGGCCAUUCACUGCAGGAUGGAAGAGAUGGAUGAGAUGGUUAAGAGUACAACUGUUGAAGAGAGAUGCGAAACUGAUAAGCACGCAGACACUGAUGAAGGUCGCUGUGGAUCCAGUAGCAUCUUAGAGGACUUCUUUAUGACUCUGAAAAAUCUCCUGAUAGCUGUCCCAUAACAUUUUCUUUUUUUUCUUUUUCUUUUGGAGAAUACAAAAUGCAGCUUUCUGUAAGCCUGCUUAUCUCACUUCUCUAUGCAUUAUUGUUUUGUGAUCUGAGGCAGCUCCACGCUUGUGGACGACUUAUAUGUCGCAAAAGACAUAAAAGAACAAUUUUAGUAGUUUAACAGUGGAUGCGCACAACUGUUACCUCACUUCACAAUGUGGUGGUAUGUCACAUGGGAAACAGUGUAGGAUAAGUUUUCUGUGAACUGUUCCAACCAAGGGAAAAGAGAUGGUCAAACAGCUUAAAGGCAAGUCUUCCCCAUCUACAAGAGCCCAGGAAUUCACUUCAUAGUGUAACAUAAUGCAAGCUUCUAGCUGAUGCGAGAUGGUUGUCAAGUGCUCGGGUGAUUAAUUUUUUUCUUCUUCUUUCUGCAGAGAUUACUUCAGUGCACAACGCACACUUUACUAUUGCUCUCUUCUUAAUCACUACUGGGUUGUCACAUCAAUACCUUUGGGCCUGGAGUUUGGAAAUGUUUAGCUCAACCUCUGGAGAGUAUGGUAACUAUGAUUUACAAACAAACGAACCACUUUGUUGUUUCAGAAUACUGACACAGUAUUGAUGCUACAGUGCUGUCUCAACAUUAACAACACCCUGUCUGUCAAACUACUUAUAUUGAAACAACCCUAUAGUGGAUCAUGUUGUUGGAAUUCAGUCAUGCUAGGUACAGGACAAUUUACACCACUUUGCUAUCCUGGACAAGCCCUACUCAUCACAUCGAGUUGUGCCAGUAUAGCCAUAGUUUCAUGCUAUAGUUAUCGAAGUGAAAUCUAGCACUGUAAUCAUUCAACCACUAUGGGAACAAUUCAUGGGUAACACAAGGUCUUUAAACGCGAAUAGAUUUCUUCAACUCAUCAGGCCAGUUUUCUUUCCUUGCACCUGUUUUUGUGGGUUGAUCCUGAAGCAUUCUAACACAGCAUCUUAAAAUGGUAGCUGCAACGAGGGCAUAAUGCACGAAACUGGCACGUGACGCCGCACGCCAGACGUAUCAAAGAGCGACUUUAGCAUCAGAGAAGCAUGCAUGCGAUCAUGACCUCAUGGUUAGAUCAUUCGGCUGCUGGGCUUGAAGGCAGAGGUUCGAUCUCACCAUCAUUAACGCAAUUCUUUAUAGCAUUACAGACUUACUUCACCCACUGUAAGUGUCUAACGGCAAACUAGAGGUGUGUAUCGCGUAUGCGAACAUGUCACAGUGCGCACGAAGUUGCAAGUUUGUAAGAGAUACGAGGUGUAGAAAAGUCACUUUAAGAAAGUGAAUAGCUUUCUGGAAGCGUUCGGCUAUUUGCUUGUAUUAACAGUCAUGGAUGAUUUCUGCACAGUUUUGAAGCAUGAAAUGCUUCAUCACUUCGGUAGGAUGAAUAAUUGGGCUAGCUGGUAUGGCAUUAAACAUACUGUGCAGUUUCAUAGGGGAUACCAGUGUACAUUCUUCAGCAAAUAAAAAGAAAACUUUGCUCACCAGCGCCACUGAAGAUUAGACCGAUGUCCCUGUAGCCACGGGUGACGGGAAGUUGGGCAUGAGAUAUCACCCAUAUUGUGCAUUUGGCAGUUUGUGCAAGGUGUGAAAGGUGCACAAGUGCAGGUUUCAAAGCGUGAAAUUGCUGGUGCAUUCAUUUUAGAGAUAGCAGCAAAUGGUAUGUUCAUGUAGAUAUCUCUUGCUCACUUCCAAAACUAGUAAAAUCAUUGUGCCUAGUGUGCACAUAAUUUCCGAUAAAAAGAAGCAGAUUCAAUGUGCAGUAAUUGACAAAUUUGAAGUUGAGUGUUCUGCAAACAGGACCUCGACCACCAGCAUACAAGUCUCCCGGACAGUCUCUGUUAUUUCUACAAUGUCUUAUAGGCUCCAGUAGACAGCUUCCUAUGAUUGCACAAGUUGCCUAGCCUGCCACGACAAAUGGCAUGCAGUAUGCUUAAGGCCGCAGUCCCAGCUCUCCAUUGUAACCAGUGUUGCAGAAACGCAUGAAGCAUGCUUGCUUGUGUAGUAGCUAUCACAUAGUACGAGACAUGGAAUAAGAUGUGUGCGCUUCAUAUUCAUGUAAAGAAGCAUUUCAUGCUUGCAUCUACUUCCAUACUGCGAAGUCUGUACAACAGCUGGACAGCAGCAUUUGCCUUGGGUAAAUGUUUUGAUAUAAUGUCUCUGUGAUGUUCUGAAAGCAGUCAGAUGAAACAUACAUGAAAUCAGACUAAUUAUUGCUAUUUCCAAGUUUCAAGUGUACUUUAAAAACUGCAAUAAAAGAGUCCACAAGGUUCAGACAAAUCUAUGUAGUACCCAUCAUCCCCAUACUGGCGGUGGGUGCAGACAUUAUUGGCCUGUUUCCUCCGGUAACCUUGGCAGAAAGUACUAUGAGCGUAACUGGUGAUCAGCUGGUUAUGCGUAUUUUACACAGCAAUGGCUACUUGCAAGUUAUAUUUUGUUGGGUUGCUUCAAGUGACAUUUGUAAGUCGAGAUGCGCUCAAUGACAAAGAUCUUGUCAUUCGAAUUUUAGUCAUUCUUUUUUUCAACAUGUCCAGAUUGUUAGCGCAAAAUUAAUCUUAAACCAGAAGUGAAAACUUGUGUUGACUGGUGAGGCUUACCUCUCUGUUUGAAGCGUGCACAUCAUACAUUUUAAGCAUUUGUUUGUGUGCUGCCAUUUUAGUUUAAAGGAAUGGGACAGUACCUUGAAAGAAUAUGGCAAGUCCCAAACUAUAUAGUGCUGUAUCAAAGGGGAGAAAAGCCCAUGUUUCCCAGCUUUGUCUUUUAAGUGGUCACGAGUGUCGAUAACAAGUGGUUGUGAUUGUUAAUGCUCAGUUUUUUGUUUAUAUUAUAUAGUAAGUUGCGUCAUCUCAGGAAGACUUGGCACUGCAACAUGUUUGUUUGCUUUUGUAGGUGCUGAUGCAUUUCUGAAUGUUUGCGAGCUUGUUUUCAGCCGUUUCUUUCUUUUUUAUACCAGAGCCGCUGUUUAAUGGAGCUGUGCAGUGUUACUGUUAUUUUGUUAUAUUGCAAGUAGAGUUUCUUUAAUUAUUAAUAAAUAUAAGGUUUCAGAAGCAUAAGGAAGCUAUCUUAGUUUAAGGCUCUUGCGCUUUUCUUACUGCAACUUUGGUCUCUUGAACCACACUUAAUUGCUAUGUACAUUUAUGGACUUAUGAAUCUUACAAAUUUGCCAACAAUACAAGUCGGGCCCCCUAACAAGACACAUGUAUAUCUAUGUGUUUUAAUGGUAGCGACAUGUCCACAUCUGCAUUUUGCUACUUAAAGGAAUUUUUUUAUUGUUCGAUACGUAAGAUCACACAUACAGGAAAUGAGUUGGGAGAUUCUUUGAUCAGCAUAGGCUGAAUACCGAGAUGAGCAACCCGCAUUUCAAGACAUGUUGACCCCCCCGCUCCUCUGUGUAUAUAUAUAUAUGUGUGUGUGUGCAUGCAUGCAUGCAUGCUUGGUCACACACACUACUCCAAACUUUUUAUCACUUAAGGAAUAGGAAAGUUGUGCCGGCUGCCCAUCAAAAUUACUUCACAACCUUCGAAACUUUGAGGCCUAUUACGAUUGCAAGUUGGUAAAUUUGCAUGUUUGUUGUAAAAACUUGCAAUAAAGAUUUUUGUUAUGUUCAAAGUAUUUCCCAACUUUCCUGUGUUUUGAGAGCUGUAAGCUGUGUAAAGGGCCCUAAACACUUUUCUGAAAUUGAAAAUGGUAAACAAACCUUUAGUCACUUAUAUAUGAAGAUGUUGUGAACAUUUGGAGCCAGAGGUUGCUACCAUUUUGCUCCAGCUGUGUCAAGUUACUACCACCUUUCGUUCAGCCCGAUGACAUUGCAAGAGUAGAUGAUGGCUAUUAAGAGUAAUUCCUUUAGUGACGUUUACCAACUGGUGCCAGCCGACAACAAGCUUGAGCAGAUCUAGGCGAACAUUUAGUAAGCCAACAUCAAAAACAGUACCAGCAAGAAGUGAGCCACCAGAUACCUAGAAUGAUUUAUGUGUGCAAUAUUUAGAUGCUCAAGCCUUUAGAAAAGUCUGCAGCGACCUAUAUGAAAACUGUUCAAAACUUUUAAAGGCUUUCAACUGGGUAUAUCAUUGUCUGUUCUACCAAGUUUCAUUGCAACUUUUGUAACGCGUUUACCACACACACUCCUUAGUGCAAAGCUUGGUUUCAGUAUGCUUUCUUGUCUGCCUUUGGCAAUAUUCUGAAGAUAAUGUGCAAGGUGAUGUUACACAAUUGUGAAAGUGCUCUUUAGCAGUUGACAAUGCCAUGUGCCACAUGAAAAACACAAAAGAUUUAAUUAAAACAUUUUGUAGCGCCCCUAACAGCAACGGUUCUUGUUUUUUCUUGGUGAGAAAUGCCAAUCUUUGUGUUCAACACUGCGUUCAAAAGCGGACAAAUUAGCAACACUGUUUUUACUAUGUCCACCUUUAUGCAGCAGCAUGCCAAAUAGUGUUGGAUUGCCUUGCCAAUGUUCUUGCACACAAAAGCUUCUUGAACUAUCUUGUGUUAUCGGUUAUCUCUUUUACAAUGCAAAGUUACAUCCCACAAUGUAGAUUCUUUGGAAAGACAAAACUCUUGUGAAGCAUGAUACAGCACUCGCUGCAUUGUGAAUUAGACUCACUUGCUGCAACGAGAUGAUUAUGCUAAGCACCGGUGGUGUCCUCUAGUAGGCUGGUUAAAGAACUUGAGGGAGACUUCUGUCUAUGCGGUUAUAUUUAGCCUUAACUGUAAGGCAUGAAGGGCUUCAUAUAAAAUAAACUUGUAAUGCGCAUGCAAUACAUUGUCCCGGUGAGAGACUGAUAUCAAGCCACUGUAGUGAUUGACAGCAGUUUCGCUUUAACAUGUUUCCUACUUUUUCAAGCUGCACUUUUAUAUGGUGUCCGUUCACUAGCUGAUUGCACUGUGCACCGAAAUUUACAAUGAAGCAAGUAGUAUUAUGUGCUAAUGAACAAGUUAUGCAUAGUUUACAGACAAAUAAAACAUCAAUGACAAUUAUGUGUUCAUAUUCCUUAGUGGACUUUUGUUUUAUUCUCCCUUUUUCCUCUAUGCCUUGUUUGGUGUUGUCAGAAAGUUAUAUUAACUAGUUAACUAUUGCAUUUUGGGUGAUGUAUCCUCGAUUAAUCGACUUCAGCCACACUUUUCGCUUUUGUUUGUUGUAACUGCCUGACUGCACAGAUGGGAACUACACCGCUU